AGCAAAUUCUGGCUGUCCUGUUAUUUUGUGAAAAUUAAGGAGAAAAGAUAUGGACUUUAAUGGACGAUUAACUAUUAUGGACGAUUGAGAGGCACUAUGUUUCUCUCGCCCAAAUCAGACAGAAUUGCGACCUCACGCUUACCGAUGUCCUGCAACGCACCCAUCAGAAGCGGAAAGAGGUCAAGUCAGCUGAUUAUCAAACCUGCCCGGAUAAGGAUUCUUGGCUUGACACGAUUGGAUAACUGGCGAGCUUGAGUUGUUUACUUUUUUUGCGAGUAACAUUUCCCCUCUUCUUUCUAACUGUAUACGGUUGCAGUAGGCUUUCGUUAUUUGUAAACUGACACACUUCAAAACGGAAUGAGUACUACCAUUAGCACCCAACGAGGACAGGUAUACAUUGGGGAGUUGCCUCAAGACUUCCUGCGUAUUACUCCCACCCAGCAGCAGCAACAAGUUCAGUUGGAUGCCCAAGCAGCGCAGCAGUUGCAGUAUGGGGGAUCCCUGGGCACUGUAGGACGGCUUAGCAUCACUGUAGUGCAGGCCAAGCUAGCUAAAAACUAUGGUAUGACACGCAUGGACCCUUACUGCAGGGUCCGAUUAGGGUAUGCUGUUUAUGAAACACCCACAGCCCAUAAUGGUGCCAAGAAUCCACGAUGGAACAAAGUUAUCCAGUGCACUGUCCCACCUGGAGUAGACUCCUUCUACCUGGAGAUCUUUGAUGAGAGGGCAUUCUCCAUGGAUGACAGAAUUGCAUGGACACAUGUCACCAUCCCGGAAGGCCUGCGAGAGGGCAGUGUGGUUGAUGAGUGGUACAGCCUCAGUGGCAGACAAGGCGACGACAAGGAGGGCAUGAUCAACCUGGUCAUGUCUUAUGCUAACAUGCCAGCAGGUAUGCAUAUGUCUCCACCCGUUGUCCUCAUGCCCACAGUCUAUCAGCAGGGGGUAGGAUACGUACCCAUUGCAGGAGUGCCCACUGUAUACAACCAGGGAAUGGUGCCCAUGGGUAUGCCUGCAGCACCCACAGUCGCCCCACAAGAGGCUCCCUGUAGUGAGGAGGAUCUUAAGGCACUGCAGGACAUGUUCCCCAAUCUGGACAGGGAAGUGAUCCGCACUGUAAUUGAGGCCCAGCAAGGUAACAAGGAUGCCGCCAUCAACUCUCUGCUCCAGAUGACAGAAGAGCUGUAACAGUGGAGCCACAAAUAAAUCCACUGUGGCUGCCAGAACAUUGCCCAUUCACAGCAACAGCACCCUGCACAGUCUGUAAAUAUGCACUUAGGCCUGCGAGCUCUCAACUGUCACUCACACUAAAUCAAAUCCAGCUGUUUUUUUUUUUUACCAUAAGCAGAUGUUCAUAUCUGAGGUGUCACACAUUUAUACAUCUGUAUACAUUACCAUCUGUAUUAUGAAACAAUGUAUAGCUUUGUUCCCAGUCCACAUCUGGGAUUGGGACAAAUUGGUUUACCUAUUGAUAAGUGCUGUGAUGGCUGGUUGGCUUCUCAAGGUUACAUUCCACUUCACUCAGAAUGGGUUAUGUACAAUUGAUGUUGAUGCAGUGCUACUGUAUGUGGAAUAAAGAAAGGAAUUGAUCCUGCAGAAGCUUUAGAUCUUUAUGAAAGUAGUUGUUGUGAGACAUUGUUGAGAGCUCCCUAACCUGUCUUCUCUGUAUAUGUGUAUUGACCAGUACUGUCCUGAGCUGAUCUGUAUUUGAUUGAGAUUGAUUGAUAUAUAUCAAUCAAUCUGUAUAAAUAUAGUUAUAUAUAUAUAUAUAUUCAAAAUAUGAUAAAUUAUGAAGACAAGAGAUUUAGGUAUGCAGCGGUUCAGAGCAGAAAGAGGACUUGUCACAAUAUAACAAACCGCGAUGACUUAGGACAAGUGAAAAUUCCCACAUAGCCACACAGCCAAUGCCUAUCAACCUCUCAAAUGUUGAGGUUCAUUUGCCACCAUUCCACUCUACUCUGGAUAAUGCCAUAUGAUUUUGUACUUCUCCAACCAAAAAUGCCUCCGAAUGUUUCAAUAUCACUGGUCAGUUGUUUAAGAGUGGGUAACUAUGGUUGAAGAAUAUAUCAUGGUAAUCCAAAAUCAAACAAUGACAUGGUAAUACAAAAUGAUUGAAUGCAGUGAAGAAAUAAACAUAUUAUUGAUAUCAUCCUUUCCCUUCACCCUAUCUGAAUUCACAGGUUUUAUUUUCAAACCGUUAUAGGCUGUGAAAAUCCCUGCUGGUUUAAUAAACAAAAUUGUGUGCACAGCCCAAUACCAUGAUAUUCAGAAAAUUGUUGGUAUGACUAUCUUACAGAUGAAAUGUAAUGUCCUACCAUAUAUAGGCCCACACAUAAAGAGGAGACUUGUAAAGAUCCAUUGACAUGAGGUAUUGAAUGUUGCCUCCCCCCCUCCGUCUGAUUUUAACAUGGGGUUUUCAUUUUCUAUUUGUAUUCGCUUAAUCUUCAAAGAUGUGCAUAUAUUUUUCCAAGGAAAGAUCCUCUGUUUUGGUGUGAUUCAUUAAAGAAAAUAUAUAGUGCAUUUCUUUAUGCUUAGGCCAUCUCCAUGAGUGUCAUACAGUAUGUAAAAAAUACUUCUUGUUUAAAUUUAAAAGACCCAAUUCUGGGCACUUGUGUUUGAUUUAGCACUCUAUCCCCUCUUGAUUUAACACAUUCCUCUACCGUUCACUUUCGUGAAGACACAGCAAGCACUUUCAUUUUAAAUAUUAGGUUUUCUUCUGUGUUUUCCCACAUGUCCCAUUCUCAUAGACAUAUUUUGAACAUGAUUGUGUCGUGUUUAGCCAGACAUCUGUAUAAUCCCUAACACUUCCAACGUUUAGCCAUUCUACUUGUUUGUUGGUGGUAGUCCAUAAGUCAAUGUACCGUCCUAAGCUAAAGAGACCAUAACAUUUAUUUCACUUUUACAGUCCUUUUAGAUAGAUCAAUGUGCACAAGGAUGUUCGAAGGCACUCGAAGGUUGUUCUGAUUCUGUUGCAAUGGAAUGGCUAGGCUACGUGAUACAGCAGUUUAUCUGGUUUGAAUGUACAACACUUUUUUGGCAUCAAAUUAUGUUUGUUUCUUUUACUCAUGACACAUUACACAUUAUGGAAAUAAAUGUUUUAUCUGCA